CGCACGCGACUGCAGCCGGCUGUGCUCCGCAGACAGCCGGUGUGCAGCAGCAGCAACAGCAGCAGCAGACUGACUGUCUUCAGUCCUGAUCAACAUGGAAACCGGCGCUCAGAUAGUUUGCUGAAAGAUUCAGAGACUCUUUCUGUGCGUCCGGCCGGAGUUUACAGAGAAGCAGCCGAUCACAGAAACACCAGUUUGAACCUAGAAGCAUGCUAGCUGCGGGCUGAAGCUACACGUGGUAACUUUCAGCUCUUUUCAGGGUAGUUCUGGUAAAAACGGGCUACGGUAGAGGAACAAGUUGGAAAUGUCUCGAUACCAGAAGAAAAACGGGAUACCGGACAGGUGGCUGGACUACAAAGCUGUUGGGAAAAGACUUCACGGGACGCGUUUCAUUGCCUUCAAAGUGCCGCUGAAACAGUCUUUGAACCGCCAGCUCCCGUGUUCUGAUGUCUUUGGUCCCUGGGAGCUGCGGGACACUUUGAACAAAGAAAACUUAGACCUGGGUUUGAUCGUUGACCUGACCUUCACCACGCGCUACUACAACCUACAGGACUUACCGGAGUCGCUGCUGUUUGUGAAGAUCUUCACAGCUGGUCAUGAGGUUCCCAGCGACGAUACGAUCCUCCGCUUCAAACGUGUCGUACGCAAGUUUCUACGAGACAACGCAGAUAACGACAAGCUGAUCGGAGUCCACUGUACCCACGGUCUGAAUCGCACCGGCUAUCUGAUCUGCAGGUAUCUGAUCGAUGUCGAUGGGAUGGAUCCUAAAGAGGCUGUAGAGUUGUUUAACUCCUCGCGGGGCCAUGCCAUAGAAAGACAGAACUACCUAGAAGAUCUACGGUGUGGACCGAAGAGGAGUAACGACGGGAUGGAGGAGUCUGAGCAGGAGCCAAUGAGAGGCCGCGCUACACAUCGGCCGUUAGACUCUGACGGCAGAGACGAGAGACGACCACACUUUAAUGACCCCUGGUACCACAGGUCUUUCCCUCCAAGAGAAGAAAACCCUCGCUCACAUCGCCAUCACCAUCCACACGACGGCAUUCUUCCCAGUCCGCCAUUGUUGCCCCCACCUCCUUUCUACCCUCCCACGGGAGCCCCUUACUCCCCGCAUCGAUGGACGCCCCCUCAUCCUGACAGUCAGUGGAGGAGACCCCACCGCUCAGAGGAGAGCAGGUCCAGACAUCCUCCAGCAGAGCGGGACUGGAAUCCAUCUUCUCGCUGGCAGGAGGACAGAAGGAGAGCUGCUCCCCCUCGUCUUCCUCCUCCCCUCCCCCGCUACUCCCCACGCUGGACCAAUGAGUCAAACGGCCUCCGAGACGGACCUGAGGAUGAGUGGGCCGCUCCCAAAAUGAGACAUCAACACAGAUAUUCACACAGAAACAGAGCCGACACUUAUGACAACUACUAGUCUGAUCUGCGUUGACAGAAACCAGGACCUUCAGUAUUUGGAUCGAGUAGUUUGUGAAAAAUAAAGCGUGUCAGAUUUAGGAUAUUUAAAUGUGUCAGACACAUAUUUAAGCAUCAUGUAGAUAAAUCUAGCGUCCAGCUGAAGCUAACGAGCCAAGAAGUACGGCAGACAGUUGAGACGUCAACGUGCCUUUUUCAUCAAGUCAGUCGAAUGUUGAUCCCUCUGUGCUGAGGAGAAGAACUGUUGACACGUUUCCCUGCUUUAUAUUUCAAGUAUACAUUUUGUAGCAUGAUUUGAUCGCCCUCCGUGCACACAGUUAGGGCUUCAACUAACGAAUAUUUUUACUGUUGAUUAAUCUGGAUGUUAUUUUCUCGAUUAAGCGAUUAGUUGCCUGAUCUAUAAAACAUCUGAAAAUGUUCAUCACAGUUUCCCGGAACAAGAGAUGAGGCGUUCAAAUGUACCAUUAAAAAAAUGUUGGCGUGUAGAACCAGUGAAAUUUAGACUUGUGUUUUGAAAUUGACUUUUAAUAAUUGAUCGAUCGUUGUAACUGAUCAUUUUCUGCUGAUUGACUAAUCGUUUCAGCUCUACAGGCGGCCCAUCAAGGGGUGAAACGAUCGGUCGAUUGACAGAAAAAUAAUCUGCAACUAUUUUGAUAAUAAUUUUAAUACUUUUUUCAAACAAAAGACGGUGGAAAACUGUCACUCGUUCUUUGGCAUAUUAAUCUAUAAUGAAAAUAAUCAGUUGUUGGAGCCCUAAACUCUACAAACUGGUGGCUACUCAUUGACAAGGAUAUGAUCCCUCACCGGCUUCCCACCCACAGUGUUAAAACUGGGGAUUUCACUACCAGGAGUUGAACUUGUGUGUGUGCGUCACCCUGCCGCUGGUGUCAGACUGUUUUAAUGGACAUGUUGUGUGUUUUUGUUUUCUACCAUGUGGACUUUCGGUCAGGUGUGACCUGGUUUAACUGUGGCCCCGUAGAGCGAGAUUAAAGUAAAUGGAAACCGUCUCUGACGUCUCUGCUGAUUUCAUCACCAUGUUGGAAAUGAAAAUACAAAAAGGAUGUUGAGAAGACUUAGAUCAGUAGUAGUCGGGGCUCACAUGAACAUCCAAACAGGUUCUGCUUGCUGUCAUCUUUCCACCUGGUCACACUGGAUUCCUUCGAGAUGUAAGUGAUGGGGGGACGAGAUUCAGAGGCCGGUUGGUUCACAUUUGUGGUUCAGACUUGAACGUCUCAGCAGCUGUUGGAUGGAUUGUGAUGAAAUCUGGUUCAUCCACACAGGAUUUACUGUGAUAACAUGUCAGUCCUCUGAAUUUUCAUCUAGCGCCAUCAUCAGGUCAACAUGUUACAAAACACUUUGAUUUAUGACCAAAUAACUGUAGAACUGAUGACAUUCCCAUCAGCCUCAGCUGCACGCUGUCUUUACUGGAGACUGUCCUCACCAGAAAAACAACAUGUGUCCGUGGUCGGCGUUGGGCGGCCUGCGGGCCAAAACUGACUUUGAUGCCAGCAAAAAUAAAUAGUGGCUGGGGCUGAAAUAUGUAGAUCUCAGUCAUGACAGCAACAGUUA